AUGAAAAUCCACCGGGUUAUUAACGCUAGCCGACUACUUAAAGCGCCCUCGGAUCCGGUACCAGGACAGACCUACGAACCGCCCCCGCCGGUAGUCAUACAGGGGGAAUCCGAGUGGGAGAUCGACCAAGUCCUUGCAUCCAGGAUUGCCAGGGGAAAGCUGCAAUACCAGGUUAGUUGGAAGGGUUGGGACCCGGACCCAGAUUGGUAUCUAGCGAGUAACUUCAAAAACGCUCCGCUAGCCCUACAACACUUCCACAACGCCCACCCCGAUAAGCCUGGCCCUCCGGGCCGCUUAGCUGCAUGGAUCCAAGCAGCGGCGACGGACCAAGUCGCCCUAGACACACCAGAUGACGACCUCCCGACUCAACGGCAAGACAACACAAAAAUGAGGCGACGGCGGGUAACGAAGUAG